AUGAUGUUGAGUGUUUGGUUGAUAUUUCUUGAGGGACUUCUAUUGAUUUCGGCAGCCACCAUUACACAAUUGAAAUGGCAACCGGAGCAAAUUACAAAAGAAUCAAUUCUAGCUGAACAUAUGAAGUUGUCAAACGAGAUCUUAUUCAGUGGAGUGCCUACACUUGCAUUUGUGACACAGUGGAAUCCACGUGGCUUCCUUCUUGCCAAAAAGCGGGCCAAUCACCUCGAUUUCGUCAGCAAUGUUUGGUUCAACGUAGCACCUGCCUUUGGACUGGAGCAAAUGGAAAAUGUUGUGAUUCGUGGGGAGAACGAUAUAAAUCGAGAUUUCAUUCGAACCCUCCGAAAAUCCAAUCCGGAUAUAAAGAUAGUCCCGCGUUUCUUUUUCACAAAAUUCGGAGACGAGACAGCUGAUUAUUUUGUUAAAAAGGAGACUUUGGUGCAGAAGACGGCUCAGAAAAUUGCCAAUUUGUGUCAUAGGCAUGGGUUCGAUGGAGUUGUAAUAGAUGGAAUCGAAACUUUUGUUCAUUCUUUGCGUGAGAGUAAAAUGGAGACGAUAGAGAUGUUCAUGCAAAUUGGAAACGUUAUCCGGCGGAAUGAGUUGAUUGCGAUUCUAUCUAUCCCGGCACUGGCUGGAGCUGAGGAUUACGGUGAAAAAAAGCAAAAGAACACUUCCCCGCUGACUCAAGAGGAAUGCAGUCAACUAACCAAUUCCUAUGACUUCGUCCAAUUGUGGACGUACACUGAUGGAAUAACAAGUAUUCGACACCACAUCAAUGAUCAGUAUCUUCUUGCUAACCUUCAACUAUUCCGAUUCUCCACAAAAAUAUUUCUCGGCAUGAACUUCUAUGGACUACAGUACAACUUGAAAGAGUAUCGAGCCGGGCCAAGACUCCGCCCCUGGGAAACAAUCACAUCCAAACAAUUUUUGGAGGUGUUGAAACUAGAGGAUUCCGUGUUGACGUGGAAUGAGAAGAACAAGGAACAUGAGCUGGUGUCGGAAAGCCAGAAUACCUUCAUACUAUUUCCAUCGCUUACAACAUUGGAAUACCGUCUUGCUUUGGCUAAAGAGCACAAUGUUGGAGUCGCAUUUUGGGAUUACGGACAAGGACUCGAUUAUUUUACGAACUUGGCUUAA